AUGGGACCACAGAAGGAUUUUACCGAAAAGAGGGCUUCGGUGCAACAUGACGAGAUCGUCGCAGAUGAGGGAUUCAAGAAGUCUGACCUAACUUUUGAUGCCGCGACCAAGGGUCAAGGAGUCACUGGGUAUGAAAAGCUGGGCAUUUUGGAGACAAUCAAAACGUUCAAGAUCUGCACACUCGUGUGUUUUGCAAUGGCCUUCAGUGCGGCAACCGAUGGGUACCAGAUUGGAAUCAACGCCAGUAUCAUUGCCAAUGCCGGAUUUGUCGCCCGCUUUGCCACCACCGUCGAUAAAAAGGGAAAGCAUAUCCUCGCAUCGCCUAUACUAAGUGGCUGGAGCUCGAUCAUGUCCUGCGGCCAGAUCAUUGUGGGGAGUGUGCUUGCCGAGAGUCUUGCGAGGUCAUGGCAAGUCUGGCUAGUAGGGAAGCUCUUGGCUGGGAUUGGAGUGGGAUGUCUACAAUCGACUGUACCAACAUACAUCUCAGAAGUUGCACCUGUUCGUAUUCGUGGAGGCUUGUUGAUGUGCUACAGUUUCUGGUGGUCCUUGGGUUCGUUCUUUGCCCAAAUCGCUCUCCAACAUCUAUCGAAAUCAGAUCCAACCGACUACCUGACACCGAUCUAUACCCAGUGGGCUCAGGUUGGGAUCAUGUUUUUGAUCUAUAUCUUUGUCCCAGAAUCUCCUGCUUGGUGCGUGAAUGCCGGUAAGGUCGACCAAGCCAAGAAGGAACUCCUCAAGCUCAAUCGUGGAGUACCCAACUAUGACUUGGAGCGGCAGUAUCAAGUGUUGGCUAUGGCCAUCGAGCAUGAGAACGCAGUUGCUGCCGAGCAGCGCCGAGAGAAGUGGUACGGGAUUUUCCAGGGCACAAAUGGUCUCCGCACUGUGAUUUCCUGCUGGACCAACCUCACCCAGCAGUUGAUCGGACUUAGUCUCUUCGGGACAUUUGGUACCUAUUUCUUCCAACAGGCUGGACUAGCCGACCCUUUCAAGAUCAAGGUUAUUACAACCUCGAUCCAAAUUGCAACGGUGAUCGUCAUAAUCACGGUUGCCGACCGCUUGGGAAGGAGAGUACUCGCCUGCUCGGGGACUACACUCUGCUGGGUGUCAUGUGUGGGUAUUGGUAUCGUUGGGGUCUGUCCUCGGGUGAAGGCAUCGACAUACAUCUUUAUAAUGUUUGCCUGCUUAUGGAAUUGCGGAUUGGCUACCAAUGGUGCGACUGGUUGGGGAUAUAUUGGAGAAAUAUCAUCCCAGCGCCUCAGGCCUUAUACUGCUGGUUUUGGAGCGGCAGUAACUUGUGUCGCUGGUGUUGUGAUGAACGUCCUUGUUCCAUACAUGACAAAUGCCAACAAAUGGAACUGGAACUUGAAGACAGGGUGGUUUUAUGCAGGCGUUGGCCUUCCGUUCGUUGUUGGCAUGUGGUUCCUAAUUCCUGAGACUGUUGGGCGAUCCGCUGCUGAGUUAGAUGAACUGUUUGAGCGGAAAAUCAAGCCCUGGCGAUUCCACAAGACUGAGACAGCCACCCAGCGGCUUGUGCAAGUCAACAAAUCUGAAAAAGAACAAAGCCAGGUGUAG